GUCGGGGGACGCGAUUCUCGUCGACUGUGGCCAAAGUUGUGAGGUGUACCCGCUGGAAUUUGCGCCACGGCGCCCAUGUUCACUCGCAGUUGCAACGUUACUGACGCACUGUAUUGCCUUCAAUCGACGUGCCAGGGAGUACUUGCAUCUGGGUCCACCUCCCACCUAUUGGAGCAGUCCGCUGCACCUCGGAGUAGGCGCUUUCCCCAAACUUCACUCCUUGUCCAUUUCUGGCUGCUUGCUGUUCGAUGCCGAGGUGCAGACCAUCUCAGGCAUCCGAUUCGCGGAUGCUAUGCCGCGCUUAAAGAGCUUUACCUGGCGACUUUGGGUGGAUGCACUUGGGGCUGGCCCGCUUCUGAACGGAGUACGCACCCUCAAAGGUGUCUUGGAAGGACCGAAGAAGCUUAAUGUUCAUGCACACCUGCACCCGAUCGAUGUCGAGGCCGUGCGGGAGGACGACGUUCGCAACCACUCUAAUUUGACGCUCGAGACUGCAGCCGAUGACGUGGAAAGCAAUCUUGCUGCUUUGGACGAAGAAUGGCUCCGCUGCUUGCGAGGGAUCGGGCCCUCGGUGGUGUAAAGGGCGGUCUACACUCGAUGGGGCGUCAAGGCACAAGAAGCGGCCACCAGUACGAGCACCUGCCGCGCCAAAGACCGGCGAGCACUUGGGUCAUGGAUCAACCGUGGGGGGUGCCCUUUUCGCGCAGCGUCGCACGAUCCUCUUGCUGCGGGCCCUCAGCAGCACAGGCAAGCCACAUUUCGAAUCUAUCAAGCGAUGGAGCCCAACCCAGUGCUACCAAAUCGCUUGGGCUCAAUAAAACCUCAACGGCCAACAUGACUCCAGUCCAAGGAUGCGUCCAGAGGGCUAGCUCAUCAGAUCCGUUUUGUAUUCGACACAACGUUCGCCUUAGCAUCAAUGUCACUGCUUCUCCGUACACAUUCAACAGCCAUGCCACGAGACUGGCUCUUUCGAUGCGAGAGGGCCAGCUGACCAAAUUGGUUGCACCUUUCUGGCGUUGAGCAGCGUCUCGCUCAAGCAGUAGUGCGACCAUCACACGUGUAGUCAUUUGAUCUGGCCGCAGUGCUUGCAUGACUUCGAGCCAGUCCACGCACAUGCCAGACGUACUGCAGCGCCUCGAAUGACUCCCCGUCCGGGUGCCGCGCUGGGGCGCCUGCACAACAAUUCACGCUUCGGUCGAUGAUCUCCUGUCAGAGGUGCUUCCGCGGACCCGGUUGCAUCGAUGGACAUCAGUCAAGAACUGGUGGAAGCUACCUGUGAGAGGGCGUACGGUGUGAUGUCCAAAUCACUCAAAUUGCUCCCCGGCUCCGCGCGGAGCGCAGCCUCGACGUUUUCCAACGCGGCUGCUAGUGUGAUGGCGAUCGGCCGGUGGAAAUCGCUGUGAGCCUUGAACGGCAAUCGCGGGAACAAAUUCGUCGCAAGCACAACCCAGUUGGGUCGAGAGCCGAAUGUGCAUGCUGAAAUGUAAGUAGGUUCUAAUUUUUGAAAGCCGCACGCCACGCAUCGCCGCCAGAACCAUUCUGAUCAACAUUUGAGUCUCCUAUGAGACAAACGGAAGGGAAUCUUCACCUUCCAAUCUAUAGAGUCACAAUCACGACGCUCCGUCUACCCAAAGAAGAGGCACACACACGCACAGAACUUCGUUGGCUGAAGGGAUGUAUAUGGCUUGAUGUGGCUUGUACACGCUGGUCGAUUGCCUUCGUGACCGUCUGCUGCUCGCCUAAGGCUUCGCCUCUGCUGUUCGAGUGCUAUUU